ACGGAGCGCGUGCCGGGCUGACGUGGGGGCCCGAACGUCGUGCGCGCGACAAACUACGCAAGAACGAAGAGACAACUCCCAAAGGAUGGGGCCAUCAGCCCUACGGCCCUGGCGGGUCCCUUGGGAGAACCCUCAAAGAUGCUGUUUGGGGCAGGAAGUGGACCUAAAGUCCUUCUGGACUCAUCGCCGCCUGGGAGGCCUGGCUGCGGGAAACGGAGACAAGUUUUCUCUCUGUGCUAUGGGAGAUGUCAAAGAAUCAAAAAUGCAAAUAACACCGGAAACUCCAGGAAGGAUCCCAGUUUUGAAUCCUUUCGAAAGUCCUGGUGAUUAUUCUAAUCUCCAUGAACAAACGCUCUCCAGUCCUUCUGUUUUUAAAUCAACGAAAUUACCAACUCCAGGGAAAUUUAGAUGGUCUAUUGAUCAACUAGCUGUAAUAAAUCCGGUAGAAAUAGACCCAGAAGACAUUCAUCGUCAAGCUUUAUACUUAAGUCAUUCUCGAAUAGAUAAAGAUGUGGAAGACAAAAGACAAAAAGCCAUUGAAGAGUUUUUCACAAAAGAUGUCAUUGUACCCUCUCCUUGGACUGAUCAUGAAGGGAAACAGCUUUCAGAGUAUCAUUCCAGUAAAUGUAUUAACAUAACUAGUGAAUCUCCAGUUGGAAGAAAGCUUACCAUCCAUGCUGAGAAAAGCAAUGCUGCUUGUCAGACAUUGCUGUCUCUUCCUGUGGAUUUUAAUUUAGAAAAUGUAUUAGGUGACUAUUUUAGAGCUGAUGAAUUUUCAGAUCAGUCUCCUGGAAACCUCAGUUCUUCAUCCCUCAGAAGAAAGCUAUUUUUAGAUGGCAAUGGAAGUAUUUCUGACUCCUUACCUCCAGCUUCUCCCAGAAGUCCUCGCAGUGGUGCUCAAGCCUCACUUGAGGUUUUUUAUUCGAUAGAUUUAUCUCCUGUACGGUGUAGGAGCCCUGUGCAGACCCCAAGUUCGGGGCAGUUUUCUUCCAGCCCUAUUCAGGGGAGCACAAAAAAAUACAGUUUGGGAAGUAUAACCAGCCCUUCACCUAUUUCUUCACCCACUUUCUCGCCAAUUGCACUUCAAAUAGGAAAGACUCCGCUCUCGGAACAAAGGAAGUUUACGUUUCAUUCUCCUGAUAAUUCGUCUGGAACAACAAAUUCUAACGGAAUUACUAAUCCAUGCAUCAGAAGUCCUUAUAUAGAUGGUUGCUCACCAAUUAAGAAUUGGUCUCCUAUGAGACUCGAAAUGUGUACGGGUAGUACUCAGUAUCGGACCUCACUGAUUCGGAUACCCUUUCCUCUUGAGGCUCACGGUGAAAAUGAAGACCAAGUGAAUCUUCCUCCCACGGAUGCCUCAUCACCAGCCAUGGACACCGCUGCACACCUACGGCAGUUGGACAGUGACACUUCUCCACGUGGCACACGUGUAGUAGUGACCGCCAUGUCUAUCACACAGAAUCAGUCCAGUGCUUCUGAGAAAGAAUUAGCACUGUUGCAGGAUGUUGAAAGUGAGAAGGAGAACAACACUGUGGACAUGGUUGAUCCUGUAGAGAUAGCAGAUGAGAACACUUGGAUUAAGGAGCCAGUUGAUAAUGGGAGUUUGCCCAUGACUGAUUUUGUGAGUGGGAUUGCCUUCAGUAUUGAAAACUCUCACAUAUGCAUGUCACCUCUUGCAGAAAGCAGCGUCCUUCCUUGUGAAAGCAGUAACAUUCAGAGCAUUUAUAGAAGGAUCAUAAAAUGCUUUCACUGCCAUACACUUUGAUCAUCUAAUUCAACUACCCAUUGGAAGCCUAUAUCACUACUAAAUUAUCAUCCACUGUCUGCUUGAGUACCUGCCAGGGGUAUUCUGGUCCAUUUUCGGGCUUCUCUUAUCAUUACAAUCUCUUCCCCACAUUGAGAUAAAAUAUGCUUCUGUCUGUGAUAUCUUAUCUACCAGUCAGUUUCAGUUUUACCCUUUGGGCCAUAUCAUAAUCUUAACCUUUUGCAGAGCAUUUUGUAGUUUAAAAAUGUUUUCAGGUGUUCUUGUCUUCCUACCGCAAAGGUAGCUUCUAAACAUUUGAAGACAGCCACAUUUCCCCAGGGUCUCUUGACUUGCUGGGUGGACGGGUUGGCCUCCGCGUGUGGUGGUGCACAGCUGUCAUUCUAGAAUCUCCCUUCAUCAGACUGGGAAUUCUCUUCCCCUUUCCUGUGUUCUGUCUCCUGUUUUCUACAUUCCAUCCUUCUGUUUCCUGGUUUACCUCACACUUUACUGGAACAAAUUUUCUGGUAUCUUUGUGAGGAGAAGUACGUUUUUUAGAUACUGCAUGCCUGAUCGUGUAUUCUUCAUUCUCUCACAUGAGAGUUUGGAAAUAAUUAUCCUUCAGACUUUGAAGGCAUUGUUUCAUUGAUUUUCUUUCAUGAUUGCUGUUGACAUAUCUGAAGCCAUUUUUAAAAAUAUUUUUAAUGUUCAUUUAUUUUUGACAGAGAUGGAACAUUAGCGGG